ACAAGGAGGUUUAUAUCCAGGUCGGGCAGCCUGUCGAUCUUCUCGCCUACGAGUUCUCACAGAUUUAGUUAUUUUCAGCUUGAUUAUCGACAAUGUCUGGAAGAGGAAAGACCGGAGCUAAGGCCCGCGCUAAGGCCAAGACCCGUAGCUCCCGCGCCGGUCUGCAGUUCCCCGUUGGCCGUGUCCACCGUCUCCUCCGUAAAGGUAACUAUGCAGAGAGAGUCGGCGCCGGCGCCCCCGUGUACCUGGCCGCGGUGCUGGAGUACCUCACCGCCGAGAUCCUGGAGCUGGCCGGCAACGCCGCCAGGGACAACAAGAAGACCCGCAUCAUCCCCCGCCACCUCCAGCUGGCCGUCCGCAACGACGAGGAGCUGAACAAGCUGCUCGGCGGGGUCACCAUCGCCCAGGGCGGCGUCCUGCCCAACAUCCAGGCCGUCCUGCUGCCCAAGAAGACCGGCCAGGCCGCACCGACCUCCGGCAAGGCGGGAAAGAAGGCUUCGUCGCAGUCCCAGGAGUACUAGCUCCGCAGCUAAUGCCCCGCACCCCAAAGGCCCUUUUAAGGGCCGCCACUCACCGAAAGAGCAACGCUUCCUUUGGCCGCUGACUUGUUUUACUCCUCAAUCUGGUUUUUAUUCAAUAAACGCUCGUUUUGUAAA